AUGCCGUUCUUCAAACCGUUGCGUCGCCGCUCCAAGGCGAGUUUCCAUACCAGCAAAUCCAACGAGUUCAAGCUCGAGUCCCCGUCCAAUGGCGACACGACAUCGGGAAAAUCUUCCUCGACUCUCGAGACAGCUUCAUACAGCUCCAUCACUCCGCCUUCUUCUAUCAAACCCAAUGCCUCCUCCCCCAAUCUCCCCGCGUUGACCGAGGUCAAUAGCAAUGUCAACGGCACAAGUACCCCGCUUACUGUGCCCCCUCAGCGACCUGGUCUUGCCCCUGUUCCUCCGUCUCAGCGAAAUAGCAUGAUUGCUGGUAGUACAAUUUCAAUCAAUAGCCGAUCACCAACUCCGUCCUCUCCCUACGCUCCGAGGGUUAUCUCCAUCUUGGAUAAUGCAUGGGUACACCAAAAAGUGCUACUGAUUUACGGACAAAUUGGAGACCCAAGGCAACAUCCGCUGGACGGAAGUGUAACGGUAUACCACCAUCAAGACGGGUUUCCUUCGAUCGCCUGGCCGGUCACCUCCUCUCAUUUCAAAGCCCUAGUGCAUUUAGUACCGGGUCCCAACCGAUUACGAUUUGACUUUGUCUCCACGAAGCUGUCAACUGGCAGCGCUUAUCCUGCCAUUCAUUCCUCAUGGAUCAGCAUAAACUAUCUGCCAUUAGUCAACGCUCCUCCCUUACAACUGGUGAUUCUGCUUGGCAAGGAUUCGGAUGGGACUUUCGAUGCGGUACCGGAAAGGCAGCAGCGAGAAGGGAAUGACCUCGAAACUGCAAUCCGAAAAUAUCGAACGGCAGCUUACUUAUGGCAAGCGUUCACCGCUGAGCAGAUGUUCCGUAACAAUUUUGGGAGGCGGUGUUUCCGCUUCGAGGAGGAGUGGCAGACAGGCACCCUAAGCCGUCGUGAUGCGACCGAUGGCUUGAUGCGGAAUGAGGCCAAGGUUCAUGUUGUCCGUACCGAUAAAACAGCAGCAGAACUCCGUGCGCUUGAUAUCGCCCAGCAGCAUGGUUCUGCCACUAAGAAAGAUGAAUUGUUCAAUAUUGCCAAGGAAGCUGUGAAGAACUACUUCCGACCAAAGGAGGGGCAAAAGCAGUACGUUUCAGUUUUGCUUCUGGACUCUCACUGGGACAAGACAUCCAAAACGAUCACCGGCCACGCUGCGCUGGGAUCGAGUGGGGACAACAUCAAGAUGGCGAUAUUUGGCUCCCACUGUCUCCAGAGUUACCCAUCUUGCCUUGAGGAAGUGGUGGAAGCUUUCUCCGACUGUACUCGCACCAACACCGACUUUGUAGCGAAUGACUGCGGAGAGGCGGGGUCGAGUUGGGAAGCAGCGAACAUCGGUAUUGGAGCUCACCUCCAUGAAGUUGGCCACCUCUUCGGAUGUCCGCACCAGGAAUCCGGGAUCAUGCUCAGGGACUAUGUCCGUCUGAAUCGGUCUUUCACAACUCGCGAACCCUUCUCGACACGAACCAAAACCCAGGGCCUGAAACUGUGCCUGCCGCAGGACGAAUGUGGCUGGCAUCGGCUCGAUGCAUUGCGCUUCAGGUUCCAUCCAUGUUUCCGCCUGCCUUCAGACGCACCCGUGAGCUCGGACGAUAGCGUGCAGGUGUGGCCUGUCGAAAACGGGAAGAUUUUGUUCACUGCUUCCUCCGGCAUCGCUUUCAUUGAACUUUACGCUGAGGGGGAGGAUGUGUGCCAUAACUUCAUCGAGUACCUUAACAGCGAAUCCAGCAGUAACGGGCUCCCGAAACAGGUAACUGUAACGGAAAGUGAACUCCGACAACGAUUGUUCGGCAACGAGAAAGAAAAGAAGAAGAAUGUCAAACUGGCCGUCUUCUCUGGUGCGCUUGGAAGCUAUACCGUUGAGUCUAUCGGCUCUUUGAAGUCCAAACUGUCUCUGGUGAAAUUACCCAAGGGCCAGUCUGGGUAUAAGAGCGGCAAGCUCGGUUUCUCUCAAAUGGACGGUAGUCAACCGGAGCAGCUGCUGCUGGACUGUGCCUUCGUAUCAACCAAACUUUUGACCUCGAUCAAGAUUUAUCACGGACUGGCCCUCGACGGACUAGAAUUCUGCUACGAAGACUCUACUAGCCAGCUCUUCGGGAAGCGAGGGGGAAAGCCCGGUGGAGAUGAGUUUGUACUUGACACUCGACGGGGUGAGAUUCUGCUCGGUUUUUACGUCAGGGCCGGUGCCUGGAUCGAUGGAAUCGAGAUUUUGACAAGCUUAGGCCGGAGAUCUGGAAUUUUCGGCAACGCUCGGGGAGGCUCCGGGUACGUGUCGCGCCUUUCACAUCCUCCCAUUUCUUAG